AUGACGAGCGUAUGUGGAAGAGCGCCGCCGGGCUGGUUUACAGCCUACAAAUUUUGGUUCAAGGAGUCGCAUAUGUUCUUCCCGCUUCCGAAGCUGUUCGUCGCGUACUGUGAGGAUGUUCGGAUCGCUUUUUCUCAACUUUGUCCGGCGGGUGUUCGCAAUAUCACGGGCACGCUGGUUCUGGCUGCCGAACUGGGGAUGGAGCUUAAUCUGGACUUUUAUGAGUCGAUGUCGUCCAUUGCUGUCAACCAGGCACUCCCGGGACCAUUUCGGCCUCCUUUCUGGCUUAACCCUCCAGUUAACUUUUACGAGGACGUUCGGCGGCUUUCCGAGCACGGGAAGAGGAAGUGGGAGGACAUCGCCGAGACGCGGAUCAAAGCUCAGUGGCUCGCAUCGCGUCAGAAACAGAAGCCAAUGGGGAAGCUUAGUCUGAACUUGCCUCGCUACAGGCAAGAGGUGCCGGGCCCGGUAGAAGAGGUGACGGCCGAUGGUAAGAAAGUGGUGGGGAAGAAGAGGAAGAAGAGCGCCUCAGCCGGGAAGCACGCGGAGAGGAAGAAGGAGAAAACGGCAUCCGGGUCUUCAUCUAAGACCGUGGUGACGAUCGGCGAUCGCGUGGCCGCCGAGCGGGCAGACCCUUGCGAACCGUUUUCCGAAGAGGAGCUGCGGGACGAUCCUCCUAUCUCUUCGCAGGAAACGCCUGUCUUCCCUUUUACCGAGCUCGGCGGCGAGAUCGACGUGCCGGGGUCCUCGGGUGGUCUGAGAAAGAGGAGGCGGACAUCCUCUGCCGAGCAUGGGGAGAUGGCCGAGACGGGGGCCGUCGAGGGAGAGGAAGUGGGCGCCGAGGCAGGCAAAUGA